AUGAUCUAUGCCACUGCCGCCACGGUCAUGCGAAUCACACGACCAUAUCCUUCAGCACUUCCGGAGAGAUAUUAUGCAACGGCCUUGCACUUCAAGAGCACUUGGGAAGGUGAGGAUCCAGUCCGUGACAUCGAAGCGAUCCUCCUCAUCCUCUACUAUAAAAUUCGGAUGUCUUUGGACUCUCGCAUUUGGUAUUUUGGUCGGUCUGGCCGUGAGAACCGCGAUUGA